CUUCCCCUCUCUCCCAGACUCCAAGCGCUGCUGCAGCUGCAGGUUUGUAAAUACUGGACCAACACACACACAACAUGGCUGACGCUCGCCCUGCUCUUCCACCAGGCUCUCCUCCUCUGUCUCUCUCCGUUUCUUAAUGUUUCAUCCGUACGUGCAUUUCUGUCUCUCCCCCCAUCCCUAAUCUCCUUCCCCACCCCUCCCCCUCCAAAAGGAGGAAAAGCAAUUCACCCUCCUUGCGCGCAUGGCGGGAUUUCAAGGAAUGUGGCUCAUUAUAAAGAGAUCAACCCAAUAUAGUCACUUGAAAAAGAACUGGAUCACUUAGGUCAGAAUGAGUGUUAGGUGGAUAAAAAUCAUAAUGUAGGCUUUUGGAAUUUUUGGCUGUACCGUCUCCAAUAUAGUAUCAAUAUCUUGAGGAGCUUUCAUACCAUAGGAUCCAGAACUGGAAUGGAGGCUUGCUGAAUCCUCCUUUGCAAUGCCAGAGAAAUAUAAUUGAAAAUACCACUUCAGCUAAACUUGGGACAAGCAAAUUCUCGUUUGAAUGGUGGAUUAACAAGUAGUAAUUUUAUCAUUCUAAGGCUAAGAGGAAAUUUUAAGAGUUGGAAAGAACUGGAUUUUCACCCUAGUCCAGCAGCUUUGCUGCUCACUUAAACACAGAUGAAUGAAGACCCCAUUCGGAAAGACACCAGGUCAGCGAUCCAGAGCUGAUGCAGGGCAUGCAGGAGUGUCUGCCAGCAUGAUGAAGAAGAGAACUUCUCACAAAAAGCAUCGAAACAACGUGGGACCUAGCAAACCCAUUUCUCAGCCCCGAAGAAAUAUUGUAGGGUGCAGAAUACAGCAUGGAUGGAAAGAAGGGAAUGGACCUGUAACACAAUGGAAGGGGACAGUUCUUGAUCAGGUUCCUGUAAAUCCUUCUCUCUACCUUAUUAAGUAUGAUGGAUUUGAUUGCGUCUAUGGACUAGAACUGCACAAAGAUGAAAGAGUGUCAGCUCUUGAAGUCCUUCCAGACAGAGUUGCUUCAUCUCGAAUCAGUGAUGCCCACCUGGCAGACACAAUGAUUGGCAAAGCUGUGGAACAUAUGUUUGAAACAGAGGAUGGCUCAAAAGAUGAGUGGAGGGGGAUGGUCUUGGCUCGAGCUCCUAUAAUGAACACGUGGUUUUAUAUUACUUAUGAGAAGGAUCCUGUCUUGUAUAUGUAUCAGCUCUUAGAUGACUAUAAAGAAGGUGACCUCCGCAUUAUGCCUGAUUCCAAUGAUUCGCCUCCAGCAGAACGGGAACCAGGUGAAGUUGUGGACAGCCUGGUAGGCAAACAAGUGGAAUAUGCCAAAGAAGAUGGCUCUAAAAGGACUGGCAUGGUCAUUCAUCAAGUUGAAGCCAAACCUUCUGUCUAUUUCAUCAAGUUCGAUGAUGAUUUCCAUAUUUAUGUCUAUGAUUUGGUGAAAACAUCUUAAACAUCAUCGUGAACUUUUGCCAAACUCGUGGAACUAUUAAAUGUAAAAUUUGUAGACACAAAGACUUGACUGCUUUCCAGUUUAAUGAAAGCUUAAAUGUCCCUGCGAACCCACAAUCUCUGCCAACAAAACUGUUUUGUUCUGAAUAAUACAAACAAAUUUGUGUGAACAUGACACAUUUUGUGUAAGGGAACUCCUUUUCUUGAAGGAAGUCGCUAUAUUUUUGGGGAGAGGGAGUUAAAAUAAACAGCUGCAAAUUCAAGCUGUGUAAAGUUGAUCUAAUAUUGUAAUCAUUAAUCUAAAAAAUUUUUUCAUAGCCUUUAACUUUUUCUUCAACCUCGCACUCACCUGUUCAACUGCCACAUGCAAGUGUAGUUUGAUAUUUUCAAUAUUGCCUUCUUGUGUAACAUUAAAUUUAAUUUCUUGGCUACUGGCAGUCCUUGUUUUCAGGGUUGGGGCUGAGAUGAUUUCAAAAAAUGUAAAUUGUUGGUUUGUGCAGUGUUAAGGAGUGCCUAACCCAAGUAACAUCAAUCUACUGUGUUUCUAUACCUUAUUUCAAAGUUGCUUUUUAAGAAUUAGCAGUACAUGGGAAUAUUUGUGCAUCUUCGUAGACACAAGACAGUACAACAUUAAGUGUUUGACUUGCACCUUUCAGUGAAAAGGCUUUAAACUAUAAAAGGUUUAAUCAGCUAUAUAAACUGUUGAUUAGAAAAUGCAGCCCACAUUUACAAGUUGAGGGAACCAGUAAAACUACACAAAACAAGGUUGCCUUCUAUUCUAAAUGUUGUAUUUUUGUUAUACACACUUCUUAACAAACUCAAGUGCUCGGUGCCACAACAGUGAUAACAUUAUAUGUUACUUCAGAAAGAUCUUUAGACUACACAUUGGCAAUCAGUAGUCUCUCAUUUAAUAUCAAAAUUAGCAAUCUGGAUGUUUGUGUAUGGACUUAAAAGCCUAAUAAUUUAUCUGUUACAUGUAAAGGCAGAAACCUCAUGAAAGAACAGUCCUCUUACAUUAAAGACUUGUUUUAGAGAAGGAGAAGCAUUUGUUGCUUUCUGCUGCGUUCCUUUUUUUUUUAUUUCCCCCCACCCCCACCCCCCCCCGAAAAAACGUCCGGACAAAUCAUCUACAGCUUAAACCUGUUGUCGCCUUUUGUGGUGUGCGUUGUACUCGCUUUGAGGUAUGCUGUAACGUGAAUUUCAUUCAAUGAACACUAGAAUUCUGCAUGCCAAUGGUGUACUAACUAAUGAAAAGCUAUAGGCAGCCUCAGUGGUUCGGUCAUCUGCAUUAGAUUGUGGAUGUAAAUAGCAGCCCACAGCUGCAGAUCCUUUCACAGUUUUAAUCUUGCAAGAUAGUUGUAAACCAAGGUAGUUUAAGUGUGGCAGUUUUAAAAAUUAAUCAGAAUUGCAAAAAUGGUCAGUUCAGCAACAAAAUUGUCAUGUCACAUUAAGGCAGAGCUUUGCAAGUUUGAAAGCACUGCUUCACAGAAGGCUAGUAUGUGAAGCCAAUUAUCACUGUUGAGGGGAGGAACACCCAGAUACCCAACCUUACACAGAAGGCUAGGAAAAGGUGCUGUUAAUCAGAGAUCCGAGGCCCAGAUGACCUCUAUUAUAGAUGUUCUUGACAUUGAAGAUUCAGUGGUUUAAGCCCCUUUCUAUCCAUUUUUGCCUGACUUCAUAUUUUAGCCUUAAGGCUUGUGCCUCAUUAUGCUGUUGAAUGGUAACACAUACUCACCAUAUAAAUACAGUACCUUAAUUCUUUGUCCAUUGCUACUAUUGCAUUAUGUCCAGUAUUUCAUCAUGGGCAACCAAAGGCAGGCUAUUGUCUUUCAGUGAAUAGCUUCUCAAUGCAGUCCUUAAGUACUAAGUACCUGAAUCAUAAAUGUUCCUUGUGUUUUUGAACAAAGUGAGCAGAUUUGCAACACAGUGUUUUCAUCCUGCAGAUCUGUUAUGUGUUUUCUAUUGACUCUUAAGAGUCCUGCAUGUAAAUCUCAAAGCUGAGCCUGGCUCCAUGAGCCCAAGUUGAUAUUUGUGGCACAAGAAUGAGUGAGUGUAUCGAUUAUACACAGGAUAUGCGCAUAACUUAGUACAGUGAAUUUUGGGCUAUACAUCUAAGGAAAACAAGGUUUGUUUUGAAAUAUUUGAAGUUUAGGUCUACUGAAACAUUUUUAGCAUUAAAGGCUUGCAUUUGUGGGUUUUCUGCAAGCCACUUUAAUAUACCACAUAAUCUACCAAUUAGUGGAGUAUAAUCUGUAAAUUUUUAUGGCCUUUUAAGUGUCCCCUCUUGUCUGUUGCUUUGUUGGUUUUUGUUUUUUGGGUUGGGAUUUUUUUUUUUAAUAGUUUAAACCACCUUUUUUGAGGCUUGAGACUAAUUCCACUUCCUGCCCUUCUGCUUUGGGCUUUGUUUUAGGCUCAUGUUUCAGAUCUGCAUGCAGUGCUUGCGUUACCCUAGUAACUAAAUGUUGGUUCCUUGUUCUAGGGGUUCAACAUUCCUUUCCAAAAUUAUCAUGGGGCUUGUCACAGCACAAGCCAGGAUCUGUGUAUAAAAGUUAUUGGCCUUUCUCAUUUACCUGCUGUAGUAUUGUUGUAUAUUGUGUGUGCGCGUGUGUGUGUGUAUGAUGUCAGGCUGCCAUGUAAAAUUUUAAAAAGAAAAAAAAUCUUAAAUGCAGACCAUCCUUUUUUGCAUGCUUAGAAGGUAGAAUGUUCAAUGUAACAAACUAAAGUUGCAUGUUAAAAUGUUUAGGUUUUUUGUUUUUGUUUUUAUUUUGUGUUCAGUUUUUGUGAAUUUGCUUAUUGUGCUGUUUUAAUGGUUGUUAGUAGGACUAAAUGCACUGGUGAGGCGAGCAUAGUGCCAACAGAGGGUAAUUUUCCAGUUGUAUGUGUCACAGCAUUUGAAGGGACCACGUAUUCUGUUCACUAGUAAAUUAAAAUCACAGCUGAAUCUAAAACACCACUUUUUUUUCUUUUUUUCUUUUGAGUGCCAAACCCUAAAUUAAGUUGGAGUAGAAUACAUAAAGACCUAAAUACAUUGGGAAAAACCCUUUUAAACUUUCAUAAAUUGUAAUACAUAAAAGUCUUUUUUUUUUUUUUAAUUGAUUCAUUUUAAAACUGAAAGUUUCUUUGAGGAUAGCAGCAAUUACAAUCAAUUCAGGGAAGGAGAAUUAUAGCUAAAACAGUUUCUGGUUCCUUUAAAAUGCUGUGCUUUUUGUAUUUUACAUCAUUAGUGCAAUUUGGAUGGUUCUUGGUAUGUGUAUAGUUCAAAGGUCUUCGUGUUCACAUUUUAAAAUUAGGUAAUGACUUCAUCUUUAGAGCUUGGUUUCACUAUUUUUUUUUAUUUUGAACAAUGUAGACAGUUCCCUGUUCUCUGCAUUUAGAAGUAUAAACACUUUAAAUCUGUUACUUAAUUCUGUAAGUAAUUUUUAUAAUUAUGAUGUAACUCUAUCCUUAAAACAUUUAAAAUAAACCCUUUAUGU